AUGGGUCCUAUGGAGACGACUACCCAGGCUUUGAACCUUGAACAGACAUCUGUUCAAGGUUUGAAGCCUGAAGGCCAUCAUCCAAGGUUUGAAUUUUGGCCGAUGGCCUUGAAGAUCCCUUCUUGGUGUUGGGGCUCCAGUCCAGCCCCGCAACCCGUGUCCAGUUCUGAGCUCGGAUCAGUCUGUCUGAGCUCAGGACUGAAGUUUUCCUCCACCAACCACCAACUCACAAGUCUAUUGGCCAGCAAUCAACCCAAACCCACCCAACCUGCCCACCCCGAGCCCCUGAGAGACACCCAAGCCCCCCAUGGGAUUGCUCUUGCCUUGCGGGAAGGAUCGGAACCCGCUGUUGGCUUGACCUGUGACGCAGGCCUCACGGUGAGGGAUGUCGUUGGCUUGACUUCCAACGCUGGCUUGACAGUGGCAUCUGAUCCGAAUACCAUUAUUCCAACCUGCACGUCGGCAGAGGUCGGUGGUCACUGGUCAGAUAUCGGUUGGCCAAAAAGGAGCGAGCUUGGCUUGCUCUCCUAA